CAAAAAAAAAAGAGAGAGAUAAACCUUGCAUUCUUUUAAUUUCAUGCACAAAACUUAAAGCUUUACCAUGACACUCUCUACAAACUACAUAUCUCCAUUCCUGUAUAGAAGCUCAAACACAGCUUCAUCAGUACUGAAAUGGGUUCCUCAAUAUCAUCCUUGUCGGGUCAAUUUUCGGGUCGCCAUGUCAAAUGGGUCAGCCCGUUCGACUCAUUCAUCAGUUCAUGCUUCCUUGCCUGCUAUUCAGUCAGACCUUGAUUCAAGCACACUUCAUAUAAUUCCAAAUGCAAAGUUACAACUUGUAGAGGAGACUAUAGAGAAGGUCAUUUACAGCUGUCGGUUUUUUGCUAUUCUUGCAGUCUGGGGUUCGUUAAUUGGAUCAUUUCUUUGUUUCAUCAAGGGUUGCACUUAUAUAACAGCAUCAUUCCAGGAAUAUCUCGCAAACCGAGCAAAAGUCGUACUCUUGCUUGUUGAGGCCAUAGAUAUAUAUCUCUUAGGGACAGUGAUGUUAGUCUUUGGCAUGGGUCUCUAUGAGCUCUUCAUCAGCAAUCUUGACAAGUCAAAAUCAAUGUCAGAGGAAAAAACUCCGUAUCAAUCAAAUCUAUUCGGCAUAUUCACUCUAAAGGAACGGCCAAGUUGGUUGGAAAUAAAAACUGUGAGCGGGAUGAAGACUAAAGUUGGUCAUGUAAUCGUGAUGCUUCUUCUCAUCGGUCUGUUUGAAAAGAGUAAGAAGGCUGUUAUACACACACCAUUGGAUCUGCUUUGCUUCUCAGCUUCAGUGUUGCUUUGUUCUGGCUGCCUAUAUUUGCUUUCAAGACUCACUGAGGAGAAAUGAUAAUUUUUCUGUUUUGUAUUUUGUACAGUCCAAACAAUUUUAAUAGAUUGUUUUGUGGAAGCUUUGCCUGAGCUUAACAUGUCUUUUUUAAGAUGUCCAUACGUAUAUGUAUAGUUUGUGAUGGGAGUGAUGUAAAAUAACAAUCUCCUGCUUAAUUUUCUCUUUUUGGCGUUCCUGUUCA